CGAUCAAAAAAAAAAGACUAUUUGUGAUCAGAGUACGAAAAGCCUUUGAGAUCACAUAACACUCUCCUUCUCAAUCCGUAGGUUUCAAGAAGAUGAGUCGAAGAAGUCCAAAGCUAGAGCUGAAACUGAAUCUCUCACCGUCUACGUCAAGCCGUAGGAGGAUGGUUCGGUCUCCAAGCCGCUCAGCGACCACUUCACCAACCUCACCCCAAAGCUCGUGCGUCUCUACGGAGAUGAACCAGGACGAGUCGUCUUUGAGAUACUCGACAAGUCCAGAGGCAACCUCGAUGGUUCUUGUCGGGUGUCCUCGUUGUCUCAUGUACGUUAUGCUCUCGCAAGACGACCCUAAAUGCCCUAAAUGCAAAAGCACCGUUCUUCUUGAUUUCAACCAUGAAAACGCUUCAAACGCAAACGCUCCAGCCGAUGCUUCCUCGGGUCGCAAGACUCGGAGGAACUGAAAAGACAAGUAAAAUCAAACCAAAAAGAAUCACCUGUUUUUUUUUCUUGCAAAUGUAGCUGUUGUUUAUGAGAGUAGUGCUAAUCACGCUCCACUUUUAAAACCCUUAGAAGAAGGUAGAAGAUGAAACUAGGGUUUUCCUACAAACAAAAAUUGAAAAUGAAAAGAGUGGAGCUCGAAUAGCACUAACGUUUCUUGUUUCUUGUAUUUUCUUAACAUUUUCCUACCAUUUGGGUUCUCUCUAAUGAAGAAGAAUGAAUAUUUAUGUG